GCAUGCGCAGUGUACGCUACGUUUGCGCGCGCGCGCGUGAGAGCAGACGAGUUUUUGAGUGUCGACAUGAUGCAUCGAUGAUGGAGAGAAGAAAUUGACAGUGUACUUGAAGCUACAGGUCUCCAAAGCUUUUCUCAACCAGCAGAAUGGCUUGUGCGUACACCCACGGAGUUGUUCCAGGGAGCAGCCGCGCCAACGGCGGUCAUCCCGUCCCGCCCGCCCCUCGUGGCUUUCCUGGUCCUUCGCCGGCUCCCCCACCUUCCCAGACACCAACUGGCCAUCAUUAUGAGAGAGAGAGCUCGCCAGCCGCUCAUACCUCUUUCUGUUCUUGCUGUCCACCGCCUCCUCAGUACCCCUGCUGUCCGCCUUCUCCCUGGCAUCCCUCCUCACCCUCCACAUCAUCACACCCUCCCCAAAUCCACCAUCCCCACACCCACGAGUCCUCGCUGUAUCAGAACAGUCCCCACCAUCCCUCUCCUCACCAUUCUCACACUUAUCACCCUCCACCCCACUUCCCUCAUUCCCCCGGUUCUCACCCCUCCACCUCACACCAUUCUCACCAUACUACACCUCACUACCCUUCAUCCCAUCCCCAGACUCCCUCAUCACACAUUCACCACUCCCACCCUCCCUCUUCUCCCCCUUCUCUCUACUCACACCAUCACCACACCUCCGUCCACCAUCCACCCUACAUGGCCUCUCCCCUGCACCACUCCUGGCGAAACCCGUCCACGUUCCACCCACCCCAGCACGGAACAGAGACCUCACACUCGUCCGGGUGCUGCCCCAGUUCCAGCAGUCAUGGUAUUCCUACUCAGAAUCCCAGGUCAGUUUGUCAGGUUAACCCCACACGAAGACAGAUCAUUCCUUCCUCUGCUGCCAAUUCCUCCACCGUCCAAGAAAACACUGAAGAAGAGCCGGCAUAUGUGGCCGAAACCCCUCCCCCCGACUCCGCCCAAUUUGAGAAUGCAGAGCAAAACACAGCUCUCCCGUCACUUUCCGAAAGCAUGCAGCGCAGAACUCCACCCAUACACCGAGGUGUCGGGGUAAGUACUCCAACUCCGAAGGUUCACUCUGGAGUAACCCAAAUAAGACAGGAGCAAGAGUUCAGAGUUACCAUGCCAACUAACAACCAGUCUGUUGCACUGGCAACAUGCUCCACCCCUCCGCACAACUCGCACACUGCAACACCUCGCAGCGAGUGUCUAGAGUUCAGUCCAUACGACGGAGCGGCUGGCUUCUCAAGGAUCAACUUCCAGCUGGCCACUCUGGCUCCGAGUGUGGCCGAUGUCUUAGUUCCAGUUCACCGAGUACAGAUUCCUGAGCCGGUUCUGCCCUCCAGACGUCAGUCGUCGCGAAGAACCUCUAGUGUCCAGACUAGAUCAUCCACAUCUCUGUCGUCGUCCUUUGGUGCUCCCGAAAACCAGCUAAUGUUCGAAGGGUCUUCCUCGUCAUUACUGAAUUAUGCCAACGAGGACGAGCUCGAGAUACCGAUGGCCGACAGUGGCUUCAAGUCUUCGAUACAGGGAGGAGGCAUUUGUGGCAGGGAACACUCAUCUGCCCUUCAUCAAAGUGGGGAGACCCCUCUCAUAAAGCCACUGAUUUCCUUCUCCGGUGAUGAUAAAAUUGGUCGGGAGGUGGUCCUCCUUGAGCAAUGCAGUGCCAGUGGGAGCCGCUGGAGAAUGGAUUCGUCGCAUUCCACAUCCUCUCUCCCCUCUUUCUCCGUCUCCUGCGGUGGAAGGACACAACAGUCUAUUCAGUAUGAAGACAGUGACUCAGACCUCGUGACAAACGGUCGUGGGUUGAGGAGGAAGGGAAGGAGGCAGGGGGAGACCUUCUUUGACAUAAAAGAUGAAGAGAUGAACGAAGAGGAGGGGGAGGAGGAGGAGGAAACGGAGGCGAGAGUACAGGCUUCAGUGUCUACGAGAAUGACUCGGUCGCAGGCUGCGAAACUUGCCAGCGACUCCGAGAUGUCGCAUGACGAAUCAGACCCCACCACGUCGGUGAGACGGCGGAGAAAUAGACCGAGGAAGAGAGCUUCGCCUCCAGAGAAGAGCCGAGCCCGUGGUGGAGGUGCGACAGAGGAAUCUGGAUCAGAGAGUCAGGAGGACGCAGACGUGACCUUGAUUGCUGAGUCAGACGACCAAGAAAAACAAGAAGAAGACGAGACUCACCUGAGGCGCGUGAGUCCAAUAGCAAACAGGACCAGAUCUCGUGUGACGACAACAGAUUCCUCCCAGUCUGAGGGAGAAAUGGCCCACGAGAGCCGCUCUCACACGAAACGUCGCAGCAGGAGGUCCCUCAAGACAACGACUACAUUGGCAGAGAGUAGGGGGGAGAGGGAGAGAGGAAGAAAACGAGAAACGAGAAAGAGGGGGAGUGGGGGACCGGUGGUCAUUGAUACGUCUCAGUCGGAGAGCGAGUGCUCGGUUGCCAUGGCAACAGACCCUGCCCCCAUCCAGUCAAACGUUGGUCGGGUAACGAGGAAGAAGCGGGUUGGGAGAGGGGGAGGAAAACGGCUGCCAGAACCCUCUGAAACUGUGUGUGAGGCAACGGAAAAGAUCAGUGUUUCAACAGACAAUGUUGGGACCUCAAACUCUCAAGUACAGUUGCAGAGCGUGGAAAAAGAGGUGAUGUCAUCUUCGGGAACAAUGAUGUCGUCAUCAUCUGUUCCCCGGCAGUCGGGUGCCUCGGUGGCCGGCAGUGUUGGAGAAGGUCUGAGAGACUGGUACAUCAGAAUCGUUGGGAAGAACCUCAUUGUUGUGGAGGGCAUCAAGAAUGAUAACAAGAACCGUACAUGGCACAGUGGUCCUAUUGUGAAGAGGCUGUCUUCGCGACUCGUGGCCACCCGGAGUGGGACACUGUACCGUCUCGAAGGUCCCCUCAAUCGCGAAGGUCUCGACAAACUGGACAUCGGAGAACUGGCCGUCCCGUUUGAGGAUGGGUUUCCCGAAAACUGGCUGUCUGUCAUAAACCGAUACUUGCUGCAGAAGAUUUGGUUGAAAAAGGAGAAUAGAGCUGGCUCGGUGGAGAAAGAGGAGAUGGGAGAAGAGGAGGGAGUGAAGCUGGAAGAGGAGGUGGAGGAUGGAGGGAAGAUAGAGAAAGAGACAAGUAUGGUGCCGGAAGAAGAAGAAGUGUCGGACAGGGAGAGGGAGAAAAAAGAGGAGGAAGAGGAGGAGGAUAGCGAUUUCCCAGUGGUCUUGAGGAAGAAGUCGGUCAGGAGAGGACGCAUCCAGCUUCUGGAUUAGUGAGUUUUCACUUUUUUUUCCCAGCUGUUUCUUAACCAACUCCCCUCUGCCCCUUCGGAAGACACUUUUGCAAAUACACACAAUCAUGGGCAUUUGAAAAUUGCACAGGUAAAAAAACCAACCUUAGUAGAAACCGAAUCUCCCAUUAUAUACUGUACAAGGUGAAAUGUUCAUCCCAUGGAAAACUUUUUCCCAAGACGUUUGCAAUAGCACCAACAAAAAUUUUUCUGCUGUGCAUGUAGAGAAGGCUCACCUUGUAUGUUAGUGUCACUACUGACUAUCUACGCUACAGUGACAGUAGUGCAAGUGAGAGGAGUGAGGAGGGGGAGGGGAGGAGGGGGAGAGGGAAGAAGACAAGGAAGAAGGAGUCCAAUCUGAUACUGUCAUCAACACCAGACAUUCUAACUUUUAACCCAUCUCUCACUGACAGCAUUAACCCUUCUCUCACCGACAAUAUUAAACCCCUUGCCGAGAAUCUUAACCCCUCUCUCACUGACGGCCUUAACCCCUCUCUUACUGACAAUCUUAACCCCUCUCUCACUGAAAACAUUAACCCUUCUCUCACUGAGGAGACUCAGUCUACCACGGACGAUGAGCUGGUACGAGGGACUCGUCGACUGAGAGUCAAGGAAGAGGAGGGAGAAGGGGCGUGUCCUAUGACCAUGCCCGAGGCGACGCCCAACACCUCCGCCUCUUCAUUCAUCUCCUCUCUCAAGCGAUCCUCGCGUGGUCGGACUCUAAAGCCAGCCAAUUUCUCCAACUCCACCAUCCAAUACUCCUAUGAUAUGAGGGGAAACUUCAUCGGUCUCUCCGGGCCUGUGGUCGACCUUACUCUGGAGACCUCCGGCUACCUCAUGAACGACAGUCUCUCCACGAGAAGACCGCGACAGGUGAAGAAGGAGACAGUGCCCGAGGACGGGGAGGAGGGAGAGGAGGGUGGUGAGUCGCGGGGGAAAGAGAGGAAAGGGGGUCGGAAGAAUCAGAAGAAGACGGCGAAACGUUCCCGAGUGAUUCCCGUCUCACUGUCGCGACGGAAAAACACGGUAAUUAUUCCUAGUGAGACGUCUGAAGGAGAGGGAGAGGGGGAGAAGGGUGAAGAGGAACAACUGGGUGAAGACACUGCUAAAAAUACAACUGGCAGUGAGGAAGACAGAGAUGGAGUGGUCGAGGCUGUAACAGUGGAGCAUAGCAAUCAAAAUGACGAUGGUAACGAACUAUCAGAGAGCGAGCCUGUCAGAAAUCAACCUCCUGAAGGAACUGAUAUCAUCGUUAAGACGACUGAAAGAGAGAAGAAGAGGGAGGAGAAGAAGAAGGAAAGAGAGAAGAAGAGGGAGGAGAAGAAGAAGGAAAGAGAGAAGAAGAGGGAGGAGAAGAAGAAGGAAAGAGAGAAGAGAAGAGAAAAGGACAGUGAAGAGAGGGAGAGCGAGAGAGGAGGAGGAAGGGAAAGUGAGGGAGGAGGAGAUUGGAGAAAUGAGAAGGUUGUUGAAGACUGUUUAGUGAGUCCCGGGUCUCCGAGAAGCCUCCCCUUGUCGAGAGUCAAACUCCGCCACAAGGAGGCCAAGAAGAGGGUGUCGAUCAGUAACAAGGUGAUAGUGAUGGGGGGUGGGGAGGGAGGGGGUGAGGAGGAGAGGAGGGAGAGAGCGGAGGGAGAAAGUUGCGAGUGGACCUCCAGCCAUCGAAGGAAACUCUCCAGGGUGGUUCACUCUGUCCCUGCAAUAACUGACAAUUUCUGGGAGGUUGUGUCAGAGAAGAUGGCCACGGGGCACACGGCCGAAGAGUGCGGAAGUGAGUACUUCAGGAUGAAGGGAGGGAAGAGGGGGAAGAGGGUUACUGCCCGGAGAGGGCAGAGGAAACAGCAAGAACCCGCUGAGAAAGUGCCUCCUCCAGCACUCACGGCAAAGGUGGGCACUAUCAAGAGAAAACGGCAGGUGAGGGACAUUCUGGAUCACCUGGAUCAAGGCCAUAGUGACGACUGGUUUGGCUCCACCCCUUUCAAGAAAUCCAAGUUCAGGAACAAGGUUGUGGAGGUGGAGAUCGAGGAUGGGUCAGAGGACUCCGAGGCAGAAGAGGACAGGCUCCUCACUACACCAGUCGGGACUGCCAGGCAGAGGCUGGGGGUGACUGGGACGGCUGCUGUUGUCAACUCACACACUCCGACACUGUGUGAGUAUGGCUCCACUCCUGACUACAGUGGAGGACAGACUCAGUGAGUGGUGGGUGGAGGGAGAGAGGAGAGAAAGAGGGGGCUCUUGUUUUGUAAAAAGUGUAACAUUCAUG